AUAUGAUCGAAAUAAUUAAUUCUUGUGUGCAUGUGUUAAAACCCGACAUUCUUUUAAUUAUAAUGCACCUUAAAUUAUCUUUUUAUUCAAUUUGUUAUUCGUUGGCGGCAUAAUAUAUCUCGAGUACUUUCAGGCCCACUACCGGAACCGUUACAAUAGCAUUGAAACACGCAGUAAGGUGUUGUCUCGAAGGAAAUUGUGUUUAGAUUGGAAUUAUAAGAGUUGUAACGAGCCCAGCAAGCUGUUGGUAUUAAAAAUUCUUAAAGUAGAACCGUUUAGAACACUCAUAGGAAAUGGACGUCGGGGACCUGGGAGAAGAGCCUCAGUUCGUUGUCGACGAAGUGAGCAACAUCAUUAAGGACGCGAUCGAAGACGCUAUCGGAGGCAACGUCUACCAGAAGACCAAAGUAAACCAGUGGACGACAAAUGUGGUCGAAUCCUGCCUCGGCAAUCUUGCCAAACUGCAAAAAGCCUUCAAGUAUAUAGUUACGUGUACCAUUAUGCAGAAGAACGGCGCGGGGCUCCAUUCGGCCAGCUCCUGCUACUGGGACAACACAACUGACGGAAGCUGCACUGUCAGGUGGGAAAACAAAACCAUGUACUGCAUUGUGUCUGUUUUUGCAUUGGCCAUAUAGAAUAAACAAGUGUAAGUACUCUUGAGUUCCUAUAAAUAAACUAUUUAUCAUA